AUGUUCGGCGUGCGAAGCCCUACAACAAGCAACUACGAGAGACUGGAGGGCGGCCAUGGGGUGAACAGGACGGGGAGUGCCCUGCGCUUUGCAGGCUGGAAGAAGUUCGCGUUGGCUGCGGUGCUGAUCGUCGGGCUCGUAUACGUCUUCGGGCACCGCAAGGAGAACAUCAUCCCGCAUGAGAUACCGUCAUAUCUCCGACCAGAUUGGUCUGGAGGGGACAAAUCGCCACUGCCGCCAGUAGUGCCAGACCCUAUCCCCGUCCCCGUACACGACGAUGACAUGAUUCCCCAACCACCACCGGGGCCGCCGACGGGUCCGGAGAACGACCCUGACCUCUCAAAGACCAUCCACUGUAUUGCACCAUACAAGCCGUCGCUGCCCCUCGUCCAGUAUGCCCUCAUGAUCGACGCCGGGUCGACUGGCUCGCGCAUCCACAUCUACAAGUUCAAUAACUGCGGCCCAUCGCCGGUGUACGAGUACGAGGUCUUCCGCAUGACACAGCCCGGUCUCUCGUCGUACUCCGGGAGACCACAGGAGGCGGCGCAAAGCCUGGACGUGCUCCUCGACGAGGCGGUGAAGAUCAUCCCCAAAGCCCUGCAGUCGUGCACGCCCGUCCAGGUUAAGGCGACAGCGGGGCUGCGGCUACUCGGGGCAGCUGAGAGCGCCGCCAUCCUCGACGCCGUCAAGGCGCACCUGCACACCAGGUAUCCCUUCAGCCUGAAGGACGACGACGGCGUCGUGAUCAUGGACGGCAAGGACGAGGGCGUCUACGCCUGGAUCACCGCCAACUACCUGCUCAACACGAUCCGCGGCGACUCGCCCGCGGGCACGCCCUCGUACGCCGUGCUCGACCUCGGCGGCGCGUCCACGCAGAUCGUCUUCGAGCCCGUCUUCGGCAAGCCCGACAGCACGCUCGAGCCGGGCGAGCACAAGUACGACCUCGCCUUCGGCGGGAAGACGCGCGUGCUCUACCAGCACUCCUACCUCGGCUACGGCCUCAUGCGCGCGCGCCAGAGCGUGCACCGCCUCGUCGAGUUCAUGGGCUCGCUCCGCGGGACGGGCAGCGGCGCGAACGCGACCGUCGCGAACCCGUGCCUCGCGCGCGGCACGCGCAAGGCCGUCGACGUCGAGGAUGCGCACGCGCCGGGCGGCGCGUUCGGCGUGACGAUGCUCGGCGCGGACGUCGGCGGCUUCGCGGCGUGCAACCGCGUCGUCGAGCUCGUCAUGGCGAAGGACGCGCUCUGCGAGGUCAAGCCGUGCGCGUUCGACGGCGUCUACCAGCCCUCGCUCAUGGAGACGUUCCCCGCGGGCAAGGUCCUGCUCCUCUCCUACUUCUACGACCGCCUCCAGCCCUUCCUCGACGCGGACCCUGCGCUCGCGAAGGCCCCGCUCUCCGUGUCGACCUUCGCGACGCUCGCGCAGCAGGUCUGCCUGGGCAAGCCGAGCUGGACGCAGCGCUGGGGCGCGAAUGCGGCGCUGAUGGCGGAGCUCGAGGGCCGCCCAGAGUGGUGUCUCGACCUGACGUUCAUGCACGCGCUCCUCCGACUGGGCUACGAGCUGGACGGCGGGCGCGAGGUGCAGGUCGGCAAGAAGAUCGAGGGCACGGAGCUCGGCUGGUGCUUGGGCGCGACGCUCGCGCUGGUCGGCGGCGACAUCAAGUGCAGGGUGUAG